GGCCGCUCAUUUAUUGAGAUCCUUUCAUUCAAGCUUAACAUGGCCGAUUCUAUGACAACCAAUGCUCCAGUAGGAGUGGUUCAGGCUCUCAAUGAGCGCUUGGACACCGUAACAAAACUAUUGGAACCACUUCUCAGUGCGCCGCUUAGCGAAACCGUUGGAAAACUGUCAGUUUUAGAGCGAUGCCAACUGCACAUUCUGCUCUCAUACACAUUAAACACCACAAUCUUUAUCUAUCUUCGAACACAAGGAGAAAACCCGAAAGAACAUGCGGUUAUUAGAGAAUUGGAAAGAGUAACUAAAUAUGUUGGAAAGAUCAAAAACGUCCAAGCGCGCAACAAAACAACCUUGACGGUCGACAAGGCUGCGGCACAUCGAUUUGUAAAGGCCUCUUUGGCAAGCAACCCAGAUCAAAAGAGAAAAGCUGACGCAUCCGAUGAAAGUGAAGAUGAAGAGUCAGAAGAAGAAACCAAUGAUAAGUCACAUACCGAUAAAAGUAAAGCUCAAGGUGCAAACAAGAGACGAAGAGGAGUCGAUCCAUUCACUGGUAUGUUCACUAAGAUCUUUCCAUUCCCUUGUAAUUGAAUAUUAACACACACAUAUCUUCAGGCAAAAAAUAAUUUAGUGUGCACACCGUGGGGUAAAAGCUCUCUAAAUUGCAUAUUCACACAAUGUAUUUAUCGCUUCGAUUGUAAUUAUAGUUUUAAGCAUGUUUUCAAACAUGAUUAUAAAGGUUUUCAAUAUCAAAGGAUCUUCAUCAUUUUUAAUGGUUGGUUUCUAUUAUGACUUUUACAUUUUGGAUGUCUAUACAAUAAUCUCGCCUUCA